AGCCCUUCUGGCCCGAGCCGUCCUAACUCGAGCAAGCGCCUCGGAAACUUCGGCCCGCCGAGGGCCGAGCAAGCUCUGCCCAGACAGCACAAGCCGCAACACCUGUAUGAGAUCCCGUGCCGCACAGACCUGGCCCCGGGCGCACCGAGGCUCGCACACCAGGUUAUGAUACCCCUCGAGCUCUGCAGGCGCGGCGUGGCGUGCACUCGAACGCCGCAACCGGCCCCAAGGUGCCCCCGAGCACGCGCGGCAGAAGCCGGGCUCGGAGUAUCCCGAGCGGAAGAUGGACCGAGCAGAGAUCAGGGCCCUCGCCGGCGCCGUGCGCGGGGCCCCCGCGCCCCCGCGACUGGCGGCCCUGCCGCGCUGAGGCGGGCCGCAGAGGACGUCGCCGCAGACAGCGAGGCCCUGGGCGCCGCGGGCGUCGCCUCGGCGCUGCUCGUGCUGUGGAGCGAGGCCACACUGCAGGCCACGGGCCGCGGCCUGCCCGAGGGGCCGUUCGGGCUGCUCGGUGCGCUGGAGGGCCUGGCGUACCUGGCCGUCAUCGGCCUGGUGGCCUGGAGCGCCCUCACCAAGGUGACGACGGGCAGUGGCCUGCCGGGCGGCCGGCUGGGGCUCCGAGGCGCCGCGGAGGGGUUGAGCUACCUGGCGUUCGGCCUCGGCCUCGUGCUCCUGUGGCUGCAGGUGACCGAGGUCGGCUACCUGGACUUCGCCCCGUUCCCCUUGCGCAUCGAGUUCAAGAAGUGA